CGGAGUGGAUAAUUGGUUCCGCCUUCGGCAAGAUUCCAAAUUUGUAUAAUGUCUCCCGGGAAUUCUCUCUCAGACAAAGACGUUCCAGCAGUCGCGGCCGUCGGCAAGUUCCAAACAAGGCGAAAUGAAUGCACAAAAUGCGACAGGCCGGCAAACGUUUGCUUAUGUGCGUCAAUUCCAUCCGACCCGAUUGCGACCCGGACCCGAGUUUUGGUCCUCCAGCACCCUCACGAACGCCGCCACAAGCUCGCCACCGUUCCUCUACUGUCCAAGUGUAUCGCGAAUUGCGAGGUCAUUGUCGGACGGAGAUUGCGAUAUGGGGUUUCGGAGGUCCUUGAUAAUCUCUAUGACGAUGCAAUUGCAAACCCUAAUAUGCCCCGAAGAGCUGUUUUCCUCUUUCCUGGCACAGAAGCAUCAGAGUCGUUGGAGAUCAAGCAGUGGAAAUCAUCAUCUAAUUUUUUUUACGGAAUCGAUUAUGUCUUGAUAGCUAUUGAUGGGACUUGGAAGCAUGCUAAGGAGAUGAUUCGUUCUAGCUUAGAUUUUUUUUCAAAAUUUGCAAUCCAAGUUCACUUGAGUUACAAUACUAGCAUAGAUGGUGGAUCUAUUUUCGAUUCUGAUUUAAUUCUCAGAAAGGAACCAUUUAGUGGGUGUAUGAGUACAUUGGAGGCAGUAGCUCGAUGCUUACAGGUUCUUGAUCCAAAUGGAGAUGAUAUUGAAGCAAAACUGCUUGAGGCUUUAAGGACUAUGGUUACAUUUCAGACUAUGUAUUUGCGGCCUAUGAACCAACGACCUAAGUUGGUUAAAAAGAAAGGCAAAAUAUGAUGUAGAAGCAAUUUCUUGACGGUUAGCAAAUAGUUCUUUCUUGAAAUGUAUGAUUUGUUGUCCACAGUUUUGCUCUGUUUUCUAUAUUUAUUAAUGACUAGAACAAAUGCAUCGUCUACAGUCUACACUACCAUUACUACUAACUACUAAGAAAUAAGGCAAUGGGUUUUUGUAUUUAUCUUCUUCCUUUCUGUGUGUAAGUAGUACUAAGAAAUGUAAAUCAAGACUUUUUUAUAAUGAGUUCUUUUAGUUUCCUU